CUCACUCGCGCGUUAGGAGGCUCGGGUCGUUGUGGUGUGCCGUCUUCCCGCUUGCGUCAGGGACCUGCCCGACUCAGUGGCCGCCAUGGCAUCAGACGAAGGCAAGCUUUUUGUUGGAGGGCUGAGUUUUGACACCAAUGAGCAGUCGCUGGAGCAGGUCUUUUCAAAAUACGGACAGAUCUCUGAAGACCUCUCUCCCCUGCACAGUGGUGGUUGUGAAAGACAGGGAGACCCAGAGAUCUCGGGGAUUUGGGUUUGUCACCUUUGAGAACAUUGACGACGCCAAGGAUGCCAUGAUGGCCAUGAACGGGAAGUCUGUAGAUGGGCGACAGAUCCGAGUAGACCAGGCAGGCAAGUCGUCAGACAACCGAUCCCGUGGGUACCGUGGUGGCUCUACCGGGGGCCGGGGCUUCUUCCGUGGGGGCCGAGGACGGGGCCGUGGGUUCUCUAGAGGAGGAGGGGACCGAGGCUAUGGGGGGAACCGGUUCGAGUCCAGGAGUGGGGGCUACGGUGGCUCCAGAGACUACUAUAGCAGCCGGAGUCAGAGUGGUGGCUACAGUGACCGGAGCUCGGGCGGGUCCUAUAGAGACAGUUACGACAGUUACGGUAAGUCACGCUCCGAGGGUGCCACGCUGCUGUGGCCUGCGGUGGGAGCUCGGUUCACCUUGGCACCUUCUCCAAGCACUUCAGGCUGGACACUCAGAUCUUGUCACUGCGCUUGCCUAUAAGAGGCGCGUCUGUCCUCUCAGAGCCAUUUCUAUCACAGGACACAAAAGCCAAAUGAGACUGACCAAAAAGGCAAGGGAGAGCGAGGGCCCGCUGGGCAGUCAGCAUAGGUGCAUGUGUGGCUGCAGGCCAGCCUCCCUCGGCUGUGGGGGGUGGUUGCUCCCCGGUCGCAGGCCGCGCCCUGGUCUGGCCUCUGGGGUGAAGCUGCCUCUCGUUGCUUCGGUGCCUUUACACUGUGCCUGCUUCUUGUCCUCAGCUACACACAACGAGUAAAAACCCUUCCUGCUCAAGAUCGUCCUUCCAAUGGCUGUGUGUUUAAAGAUUGUGGGAGCUUCGCUGAACGUUAAUACGUGUAGUAAACGCACCUCCUUGUAUUCCCACUUUCGUAGUCAUUUCGGUUCUGAUCUUGUCAAACCCAGCCUGACCGCUUCUGACGCCAGGAUGGCCUCGUUACUAGACUUUUCUUUUUAAGGAAGUGCUGUUUUUAAGGGUUUUCAAAACAUUUUGAAAAGCACUUCAGAUUUACUUUUUUGACCACGAGCCAUGAGUUUUCAAAAAAAUCGGGGGUUGUGUGGGUUUUUGGUUUUUGUUUUAGUUUUUGGUUGUGUUGCUUUUUUUUCUUUUGGUGGGGUUGGCCCCAUGAAGUGGGUGCCCCACUCACUCCUCUGAGAUCGAACGGACUGUGAAUCCGCUCUUUGUCGGAAGCUGAGCAAGCUGUGGCUUUUUCCAACUCCAUGUGACGUUUCUGAGUGUAGUGUGGUAGGACCCCGGCGGGUGUGGCAGCAACUGCCCUGGAGCCCUGGCCCCUGCGCCCAUCUGUGCUGUGCGCCCCACAGUAGACGUGCAGACGUCCCUGAGAGGUUCUUGAAGAUGUUUAUUUAUAUUGUCCUUUUUUACUGGAAGACGUACGCAUACUCCAUCGAUGUUGUAUUUGCAGUGGCUGAGGAAUUCUUGUAUGCAGUUUUCUUUGGCUUUACGAAGCCGAUUAAAAGACCGUGUGAAAUGAA